AUGCACACAGCGGAGAUCGCGCUCUCUCUCCUACUCGUCGUGAUCAUCGUUGUGUCGCUGCUGUCCAACGUGCUAGUGUUGAUCUGCUUCUUAUACAAUGCAGAAAUUCGCAAGCAGGUUCCUGGGUUGUUUAUACUCAACCUGACGUUCUGCAACCUGCUUCUGUCCGCCUCCAGCAUGCCGUUGACUCUUUUCGGGGUAUUGAGUAAUGCACAUCCCGGAGGACAAAUUUUCUGUCAGGUGGUCGGGUUUCUGGAUACUUUCCUGACCACCAACUCCAUGCUGAGUAUGGCUGCUCUCAGCAUCGACCGCUGGGUUGCAGUGGUGUUCCCUCUCAGUUACCAUUCCAGGAUCCGUCACCGGGACGCUGUAAUCGCUCUGGCUUACACGUGGAUGCACUCGUUGUCCUUCUCUGUGGUUGCCGCGUGCCUCUCCUGGGUGGGCUACCAUCAGCUGUACGCUUCGUGCACGCUCUGUAACGGCAGGGCGGUCAAUGCCAAGACGCAGUUCGCGAUUUACACCAUGGUGCUGCACUCACUCACGUUCCUGUUGGUGUCGGUGGUGCUCUGCGUCACGUAUCUGAAAGUGCUCAAAGUCGCGCGCUUUCACUGUAAGCGCAUCGACGUGAUAACCAUGCAAACGCUCGUACUGCUAGUGGACAUUCACCCGAGUGUUCGUCAGCGCUGUCUGGAGGAGCAGAAAAGGAGGAGACAGAGAGCCACCCGCAAAAUUAGUACCUUCAUUGGAACCUUCGUCGUCUGUUUCACCCCUUAUGUCAUUACCAGGAUUGUGGAGCUAUUUGUGACGGAGCCAUUUAAUCCAUAUUGGGGCAUGCUGUGUAAGAGUCUGGCAUACAGCAAAGCUGCAUGUGACCCCUUCGUCUACUCUCUUCUGCGACACCAGUACAGGAAGACUUGCAGUGACAUCAUCAAUCGACUCUUGAAACGCAGUUCCCCGAAUGGAUCCGGGCAUCAGCAGGAAAAUGGAAAGAAAUCAAGGAAUCAAGCCAAGGAAAUCGUAAAAGAUGGGGAAGUCGAAGCCAGACCUACAAACUGA